AUGUCCAAGCCGUGGCACUCGCACAACGCAUGCUCACGCCUUGCACAAGACACGGGCGGCAUGGACGACGACGCACUCACGGCCAUGGCCAUGAUGGUGGAGAUGAAGUGCCAGAUGGAGAACUCGCCCAAUGACCCCGAAUGCCAGGCGGCGAUUGCGGCGUACAAGAAGUGCAGAAAGACGCAGCAGGCCAUGCGCAAGGCCGAUCGGCGCGCGGGCAAGUCGCCUCCGCGAUACAACUCGUGA